UCAACAGUCUUUAUCAUAUUAAUAACAAGUUAUACUUAAUUCUACUGAGCUUAAUUCUCUGAUCUUUUCAAUGGCUGCAGUUUCACCCCAAUCCGUGCCCGAAAAGCCCCUCGAUUUCCGUGCUCCACCGCCGUCGCCCAUCGCCAGCAGCCGCCGGUCAUCGGUCACCAAUGAUGAUGUCCUCACUGAAUAUCUUGAGCAUUCACUGCGUGUCCCGGAUUUGAUUUUGCCUGAUAAAGUGUUUCCUAGGCAAAAGUUUAUUGAAAACCCUCCAAGAAUUGAUUUUCAGACAUUGAAUUCUGAAGAGAGUUGUGAUUCUGUUUCCAAGAUUGUGGAUUCUAUAACCACAAUUGGUUGUUUUCAGCUUGUGAAUUAUGGAAUUCCAAGUGAAUUAAUCAAAUCUGCUUUGGCCAUUGCCGCCGGAGUCUUCCGGGUGUCGCCGGAAAAGCGAGCAACAGUCACGAGGUCCCCGGAGAAGCCAUAUGGGUUUGAGGAAGUUCAUGGGGAAGAAGAGAGUGAAAUGAGUGAAGAAUUUGUAUGGUGUAGAGAUGAAAAUUUGAAGCUUGAAAUGGAGGGAAUUUGGCCUCUUGGAUAUUCAAAAUUCAGUGAGAAAAUGGAGACCCUUUUGGGGGAUAUAGAGAAGUUGGGUGAGAAAAUUCUGGUGAGUUUGAGGGAAAAUUGUGUGAGAAAAUCAAUGCAUGGGGAUGAAAUACUGGAGGAACAUGAAAAUGUUGGGUCAGUUUGUCAUAUUCACAAACAUAGCCAUAACAUUCUGGCUGAUUUUAGCUCCCUGAGAUAUGAUGUGAUCAGAAUGCUGAUAAGAGGAGUUGAUUAUUCACAUGCCUUGUGUCUGCAUAUUUGUGAUGGAGCUUCAGAGUUUCAUGUUUACUCCAAGAAAGGUUGGGUCUCGUUUUGCCCUGAUAAAGAUGCCAUUCUCAUCACUGCUGGAGAUCAAAUACAGGCAGUGAGCGGUGGGCAGUACAAGCAUGUGAUAGGAAGGCCAGUUUAUAAAGAAGAGAAAGGGGACUGUAUUUCAAUGGCGUUUCUCUAUGCUCCUCAAACCAUUAUCACCAACUUUACCCCCAAUCUGGAGAAGGAAAAAACUAUUUCCCUUCCCCAACAAUUUAUAGUUGCUCUACUUUUAACUCUUCUGUACCAUUUUCUGGUUUUUGUUUACAAAAAAUUCUGAUUCUGUCUACAUUUUUUUUUUUUUUUCAUUCAGAUUUAUACAUAU